GGGGUCCAGCUGCAGCCUCACAGCAGAGAGAGAGAGAGGGCUGUGGAGGUGCUCUGUUGGAGGACUGAUUUAUAUUUUUUAUUUCUUUUUCAUCCGUAGACGGAAUUCCGUCGAACAUAAUGUGGUGUUUGUUUGUUUUUAAGUUGAACUGCUGAGGGAAGCAUGUCAGAGGCUGAUUCAGUGUCGGUGUGCAUUUCUGUUGGAUGUUAAUUAGCGAAGGAUUCCUCAUCAUCUCCGGAAGAGUGGACCUCUGAAUGUUUCUGUAGCGGCGGAGCGGCGGAGGUGAAGAGAGGUAUGCUGCUGCUGUCCACCACCGGCCGCUGGAUCCCGCUCCGGGAGCUCCGCGGGGUCUUUACGCGCUGAGUGAAGGAGAGGGGGGGCGGGGGUCCCUCAGCUGGAUCACGCUUCGCCGCUGAAUGAUUGACUGAUCUUAUGGGAGGACAGAGGGGGGAGGUGGGAGCAUUUGGAUGUGAGACUAUUGUUAAAAAAGCAGGAUCCAGGUCUUGAGCUACAGGGGGAGAGGGGGGACAAAUCACGGGACUUUGUUGAUCCUUUUUAUAAUGAUUAUUUUCUUAGUAUGACAUCCUUUCCUGACGAUAGAGGAGGAUAGAUGAGAGGAUAAGGGACAGGUUGCUGUGCAGGGGGGAUCCGGGGGCGGGAGAGAAAAAUGCUGCCUUCGCAAGAAGCCUCCAAAAUCUACCAUGACAACUACAUGCGCAACUCCAGCGCCAUCGGGGUCCUGUGGGCCAUAUUCACCAUCUGCCUGGCCAUCAUCAGUGUGGUGGUGUUCUUCCAGCCGUACUGGAUCGGAGACAGCAUCAACACCCUGCAGGCCGGACACUUCGGGUUGUUCCACUACUGCGUGGGCAUCGGGAACUCCGACCGGGAGCUCCUGUGCCAGGGCAGCAUCUCCGACUUCAGCUCCAUCCCGUCCGGAGCCUUCAAGGCGGCCUCGGUGUUCGUGCUGCUGUCCAUGGUGCUCAUCCUCGGCUGCAUCGGUUGCUUCGCCCUCUUCUUCUUCUGCAACACCGCCUCUGUGUACAAGACGUGCGCCUGGAUGCAGCUGCUCUGCGCCGCGUGUCUGGUGAUCGGCUGUGUGGUCUUCCCUAACGGCUGGGACUCGGAGGUGGUGCGGGACAUGUGUGGGGAGGACACGGGGAAGUACAGCCUGGGAAACUGCUCGGUGCGCUGGGCCUACAUCCUGGCCAUCAUCGGCAUCCUGGACGCCCUCAUCCUCUCCUUCCUGGCCUUCGUGCUCGGAAACCGGCAGACUGACUUCCUGCAGGAGGAGCUGAGGGCCGAGAGCAAAGAUUUUGCUGUGUCAAGGAUUGAAAUCAGGGACACCAGAGAUUCACGAUUUGGAGUCCAGCGGUUUCACUGAGAUUGAAUAAAACAUGGUCCUCCCCCCUCCCUCCACCCUGCUCCACUCUUCAGGCAAAACCCUUCACCUGGAGGCCAAAUCCUGGCAGUUUAUAAACCGACCUGCAGUGGAGUACCCUUGAGACUGAGGCUGUUGGAAGAGGAAACAUCUUGUGAGCAAGGCUGGAUUAGUACCUUUAGGGGCCCCCGGGCACUGAGAGCUCAGGGCCCCUCAACCCACGUACCAACACGCCUGCUAUUGUUUAACCUCUAAGUAAUUACAUUCAAUAUAUUUUAGAAUUGACAGGAAUUAUACAGAUUAUAAUUCAUUUCAAUACAUACAUUUAAAAAAUAUGAGUAUUUAAAUAAAAUCAAAUAGAUUUAAAUGCUUAAAAAUAAACUCUACCAUGAUUCAUUUCUGUGAGUGUGCCCAACAUGACCAAUAUUUUUACAUUUUCAGUCAAUCUGGCAUGUCAAUCGCACACCUAUUUGUCAAAAGCAGGGACGCAAAUACAUUGUUCAACCAAAGUAGGUCUAGCCUUUUGCCCUUUCAGUCAAAAAUCACAAGACAAGGAUACAAUGGAUAAGAUCUCAAGACAGUGUAUGGCUCAAGAAGACCUAGGUGAGAGUGAGAGAGAGAGAGAGGAGUGAGUGAGUGAGUGAGUGAGUGAGUGAGUGAGUGAGUGAGUGAGUGAGUGAGUGAGUGAGUGAGUGAGUGAGUGAGUGAGUGAGUGAGUGAGUGAGUGAGUGAGUGAGUGAGUGAGUGAGUGUAUGCAAGCAAGAGAGAUAAUGUGUUUGUAAGACAAUCCCUCAAAUCAAUGGAUCUUACAUUUUAGAAGUGUUUCUUCUUUGCAAAGUCUGUGAUAAAUUCAUCAGAAUCCUAACAUUGCUCACUAGCUCAACAACAUCCUCAGGCUCCGUGACCGUGACUGUUCUUUGUGGUUGCUGGCCUAAUUCGUCACUUUUAGCUUUUUUGAAAAAGCAAUUUAUUGUUGGGAAAUGUUGUAAUGCAGCCGCCACUCUCUCUUGCUUUUCUUUCUUUUUCUUUCUUUUCGCUGCCCCGCUGGGCGUUCAGCUGCUACCGGCACCAUACAUUUUUUCAGCUCACGUGACACAAUAUUAAUGUGACAUGAGUGUCCAAUUGUCAACUUUGUGAUACAGUCUAGGAUUACAAAAAUAAAACAUGUAGAGGUAUCUAUGGGAACAGGGUAAAUAAAGACACUUUGAAACGUUGAAAAUGUUUUUCCCCAAACAUCAAACUUCGAUGUGAACUGUGCAAUAUUAAAACCUUCCAUUCAAUUCAUCCAUCUUGAAAAAA